UAAACACACGCCCCUUUUUGCAAAAUUCCAUGCUAGUACGAAAAGGGAAGUAUAGCGAGUUGCCAUUUAUGUUCGGUGUCCGUGUAAAUGUUUUCAGAUACUAACCCGAACAUUUUUUUUUUAUGAUUUCUGCGUUGUUUUACUUGGCCUAAAGUAGCCUAUAUAUUUUUUUAAGUGGGUUCAACGAACACGUAUGGAUUAUGGAAACGCAACUUUAAGUGACGAUUAAUUUUUUUUUAGAAAGCAGUGCUUUCGAUUAGUAAUAUUUUACAUUUAAGCCGUAAAAAAGGACGGGCACGAUGCGUUUCACAGUUUUUUUGUGGCAGAUCUUUAUGCUGUUGCUUCACGCAGUUUGUUACGGAAGCCCUGUAAACAGUUUAGGGCCAACAGAAGAGGACUUGAGGUGUUUUAAUGACUACGAAACAGAAGUGAAAUGCCAUCUUUCUUCUGUCAGUCUUACAAGCUGCUCUGAAUACACGCUGAAUGUCACCCAAGAGUUUGCAAUGCAAGGGUUCGAUAAAUAUUCAUGCAUUUUUGAGCGAAGUGCCAGCGAUUGUGAAUGCAAGUUUGAAGUGCAACUGUUUGUGGUAGCUGAGAACUUCACUACUGAACUUUUGAAAGGAGUGAAUGUUUUAUUUUCUAAAAAAAUGAAGACUGCGAAAUUCAUCAAACCGAAAACUCCAGUCUUAUCAGUUGAGACGACUAAAAAUGGAAACUUUAUAGUGAAGUGGAACAGCAAGUAUAAGGGGGAAGAUAGUUUUGUGAAGUCACUAAAAAUACACCUGACCUAUGGGUAUGAAGGAGAAAAGGAAAAGAGAACCAAGGACAUGCAGGACUCUGAGAAACAAUUUGAAAUUAUAGGUUCACACCUAAAGGCAAAAACCAAAUACGUUCUGACGGCAAAAAUGAGCACAGACUACAAUGAUCAUCAGAUAUAUAGCGACGAAAGCGAACCAAUAGAGUUUAUAACAACCUCAUCACAAUUCAAUAUCAUUCCAGUUGUUUGCGUUGCUUUGAUCAUUCUAAUAUUCACAAUCUUCAUCUUUAUUUUCAGCAUCAAGAAAAGAUGGUGGGACAAGAUUUCCAAGCCCAAAAUUAAUCUCGGAGAAGACAUUAUAAAAAACCAUUUGAUGUUUCCACCAGCCUCCACGGCAAUCUCCCAAAUCUGGGUGGAUAAUUCAAAACAGGACCUUAAGGAGGAAAAGAAAUUUAUGUUGCCGUCAUCAGUAGAUAUUCGCAGUGAGAAAAGUUGUAAUAGUGACAAAGAAUCAGUGGAUUAUGCCCAGACUUGCUCUGUUUCCCGGGAAUUGGACAACAACAUAGCACGCACUGAACGUGACCUGGAUAAGAUGAUGGGGCACCUGAUGAAAAACGAACCACAAAUGACACCUGAAAAGGGUCUCGAUAUAGAAUUCAACUACGCCAACAACAGAGAUUCUGGGAAUUGCUCCGGGUCAUCAUUUUUUACUAAUAGGACUUACCGGUACAAUAUAACAUCAUCAGACAACUCUUCAACGCAAGAACCGCUGCCCUGUGAUCCCUCUUAUAUGAGUGGGUCCAACAUUAACAGUGAUAACAGCGGCCAGUUUAAUUCUACCAAUAACAACAUUUCGGAAAGAAAACCUGCAGGGUUUGAUGAUGAUGAAAGGCUCAACAAGAAAAAUCUCUCGAUGUCCAAAAAUCCACUUUAUCCCACUGUAUCCCAUCUGUAUCCCAUCCAAUGUGAUGAUGGAUAUCAAGAUGUUCGAAGCUUAGAGAUGAAUACAACAGGGCAUUGCAGCUCAACCAUUGAAGCUGAAGUAGCACUUGGCGAGUGUGGAGCAAUGAAAGUUUUUGAGAUGGCAAAUCCCAGCACUGGCCAAGCAUUAAAGCAAAAUUCUUGGAAUCCUGCUUUGAACAUCCAGAAUAGCAUUCAAAUAGAUUAUUCAUAUCAUCCUGUUUAAAGCAACACCAAAGAUUUUUUUGUACCUUAAAAUAACAUUUCCAAAAAAGUUCAGUCGUUCAUCCACUCGAAACAGGGUGAACAGCACUUUCACAUUCGCUUUGCAGCACUCUAUCGGCCAAAACCGCACUAAAAAAGUUUCCAACCGUCGGGUCGCGGUCCUGUAGUUCGAUUGAAAACUACAAAAACUUGCUUUAGGGCAGACUUACAAUCCAAUCAGAGCAAGCUUUGCUGCAGUAGGCUAAAUUAUUUACGCAGUGGUAAUGGACAAUUCCGCUUCCAACCUGUAGGGGGAGCAAAGAGCAAAAACUCUUUAGUGUUGCUUUAACUGUGCUGUAAAAAUAAACAGUAGGAGCUGGAAACGUUCAUUUUGUAUUAUACCUCCACAGCUAUUAUGUUUUAGUGACUUGUGAUGAAUUAUUAAUUUCGACUGCAUUACUUUUCAUAGCAGCAUGCUGACUCUAACUAAUCCUUAUUUUGGACCAAAUCCCUGAAGAUGAUGUACUUAAAUGCUUGACGCCAUGCAUUACUGCUUUUUGAAUUUUUAAUGAGAAUGUUGUAAAAAAAAUUACAACGUGAACAGAUGUUUGUAUGCAAUAUAACUUUAAAGCAUAUAUGUUAUUAAUUUGUAUAGAUUUUUUAUAUUAUUUUGAUACUGUCAACAUCAAAAACAGCUUGCCUUGCAACUUAACCUUAAACUGUAAAAAAACUUGCUGUAAUUAUGCAGCUGGUUGCCAGUAACUUACUGUAGAAGAUAAAGACUGAACAUUUUCAUGUUCAUUUAACUUGAAACAAACUGUUGCCAGUAAAUAACAUAAAUGUAAAAUCUACAGUAAGUUACUGGCAGCUAGUUGCCAGUAAUACCCAGUAAUACUGUAAUUUCUACAGAUUUUUUUUACAGUGUAACUGUUAAUGAAAGUAAAUGUACAAAACUUGUAUUGACGUAACCAUUCAGAAUUUCAUACUAACCUGCUGUUGUCCACUGUAUUUCAACAUAACACAUGUAAAGUGUAACACAAUAAAGUGUAAAGUGCG